CAGCAUGGCCGCUUCCACGAGUAACAGUAGCGGUGGUAAAGAAAGUGAGAAUACUGCAAAUAAGGAUGCUGAUUCAGAAACAGCAGAGUUUUGUCCUGGUUUUAAAGACGUGGACGCUUUUGUUAAGCAUGGCCUCGGCGCUGUCGUGGGCGCUACAAAGGCGUCCGCCGGUUUGCCGCAAGCUGGAGACGAGUAUGACUUUUACCGAAGCUUUCCAGGCUUCCAAGAUUUCUGUGCGGUGCAAGGAGAUCGAAUUUUACACUGUAUGAGUCAACUGAUGCAGCACCAUGGCUGCAGAUCUCACUUAAGAGACAGGAACAAGCUGACUGGACUGGAGGAGCGUUUUGACAUGGUGGUCGAUGCCAACGAUGCCAUCUUGGAGAAAGUGGGGAUUCUGCUAGAUGAGGCCUCCGGAGUGACCCGGUCGCAGCCUGUCAUGCCUGCAGGCUAUCAGCCUCCCAAAAUUGUUGUGUCUAGUUGGAAUCGCAAGGGAGGUGACCGCAGUGCCGAGACCUUCCGUCUCCUUCACGCUAAGAACAUUCAACGGCCGCAGAUGAAGUUUAAGGAGAAAGUCGACAACAGCAACACGCCAUUCAUCUCUAAAAUCUUCAUCAAGCCCAAUGCGUUAAAGCCACUGGCUCCAUAUUUUACCAACAAACACCUGAGAAAAGAGAGGCCAGAGGAUUUGGACGUCCCCAUCGCACUUGCUGACUUCAUCCACCAGUUGAGAACACAAGAGCACAUGGAAGACAUGUUUUCUCAUCCUUACCAGUAUGAACUCGACCACCUUAUCAUGCCAGAGAGUCUCAUGAGUAAACCUGAACCACAGAUGUAUAAAGUUCUAGCGGAGACAAAUUGCCAGUUUAUCAGCAGCUUGGAGGAUCUAGCGGCUUUAAACGAGAAGCUGAACCAGACGACAGAGUUUGCAGUGGACCUGGAGCACCAUUCUUAUAGAAGCUUCCUGGGAAUAACGUGCUUGAUGCAGAUCUCCACCAGAGAAGAGGAUUUCAUCAUCGAUACCCUUGAGCUACGGAGCGAGAUGUACGUUCUGAACGAGAGCUUCACCAAUCCCAGCAUUGUAAAGGUUUUCCAUGGUGCUGACUCGGAUAUCGAGUGGCUGCAGAAAGACUUCGGGCUCUACGUGGUCAACAUGUUCGACACUCACCAAGCUGCUCGCUCACUCAAUCUCGGCAGAAACUCUUUAGAUCACCUCCUCAAAGUCUUCUGCAACGUGGACUCCAAUAAACGCUUCCAGCUCGCCGACUGGAGAAUACGCCCCUUACCAGAGGAGAUGAUUAAAUAUGCCCAGGCUGACACUCAUUACCUGCUCUACGUGUAUGAUCGACUCAGAGCAGACUUGUUUGACGCGGCUAACGGACAGCCAGCACACAUACAGCUAGUCUGGUCCAAAAGCAAGGACCUCUGCUUAAAGAAAUACAUAAAACCCAUCUUUACAGAGGAAUCUUAUAUGGAACUGUACAAAAAGCAGAAGAAAAGCUUCAAUAGCCAGCAGUUAACCGCUUUCCGUUUCAUGUAUGCUUGGAGGGAUAAACUGGCAAGAGAGGAAGAUGAGAGUACUGGAUACAUCCUGCCCAACCACAUGAUGAUGAAAAUUUCUGAGGAGCUACCCAAGGAGCCUCAGGGCAUCAUCGCUUGCUGUAACCCCACUCCGCCACUAGUGCGGCAGCAGAUCAACGAACUCCAUCAGCUCAUCAAGCAAGCGAGGGAGAUUCCCCUGCUGAAGGCGGAAAUUCUUUCAGAAAAGAAGAAAUCACUGACUCCUAAACGAAAGGCUGAGUCGACGCUGUUUGGGCCUCAUGACACCUCGCAUGUUUCUGAGAAUGACCUUAUGGAGCUCUCCUCCCAUGAAACCCCGACCAAACGUGGAGUCCUUUUCUCAGAGGAGGAUGAUCCAAAUCUUGACGAUAACCUGGAGUCUCUGAAUGGCCUCAUAGCUUGUGCAAAAAUCACCCUCUUUGCAGAGGAAGAGGAAGUCAGUGAAUCCUCACACCACACCACUGUGGCCCAGCAGAAAGCCCGCAGCAUCAUGGAGUCUUUUGAAAACCCUUUCAGAAUGUAUUUGCCUUCGAAGGAUAUACACAUCUCCAAAAACGCCAAAUACGACCCUUCAUCAAAGAUUUAUGAAAUCAGUAACCGCUGGAAGCUGCAGAGUAUUGAGCAGCAGAAGAAGGAGGCUCAGGCUAAACAGCAGGCUAAAGAGCAGGCAAAGAAAGCUAAAGAGGAGCGUAAGAAAGCCAAACAGAGCUAUCAGGAGUCCCUGCAGAAUGUCACUACAGUCAGGCAGCAGGUCCUGGAAGCAAAGCAGGGAGGGCAGAAGAGAGAGAGGGUUGCGAGUGAACCAAGUGAAGAAACUUGCAAACCGAAAAAAAAAGCUCUAAAAACUGACAAAUCCACCAGCGCUGCCUCAGCAACUUCAAAAGCGAGACAGAAGCAAGAGUCUGAAGAUCCCCAACAGGCCCCGUCUGCUACCUUCACACCUUACGACUACAGCCAGUCAGAUUUCAAAUUGUUUGCAGGAAAACCCAAAGACUCCACACAUUUCGAUCCCAACAGACAGCCGAAUGAACCUAGACGGAAGAAAAACCUUAAAGGGAAUCGACAAAGUGCUGCUGGAGGCCGGAGCAUGUCCUACCUCCCUGCAAAAUCGGACAGAGGAUUUCGUCAUAACUGGCCCAAGAGAUAAGAAUCUCUACAAGACAAUGUCCUUUUUUUUCCCUCCCUUUUUUUUUUUUUUUUUUUUAAAUGUGGGUCAUUUUAUCUAUAUGUUCAUAUAUAGUACAUUUGGGGAAAUUAUACACAAUGCUGUAUACAAAAUUGUGAAAGACCUUUCAUUAAAAUGAAUAUUCAAAAUA